GUAAGUUCACGGAAUAUUUCUACCGAGCUGUGGUAACGAAGGACUAUCGUAUUUGACAGUUUGUAGCUAGUUUAGCUAGCUAGCUACUAUAGUGGAUUUAUUGAAGUUAUUUCGCUUGAUUGCUUCGUAGCCAACAUGUUGCUUCUCGCUUAUUAUGUGGAGAAAGAUGAGAGCAAGCUAACUUAAGCUAGCUAGCCAGCCUAGUGCGCCACACAGAGAAGGUUAGGCUACACAUAAAUAAUCAUUUUAGGCAUCAACCACUUGUUCAAACUAGCUUCUAGGAAGCUAGCAUACCCACUUGACAGGCUCUUGGCUUCUAGUUAACGUUAGCUUUGGGCUUUUAGGUGGCUACUGUUAACGUGUGUUGAUUUAAUAAAUCAGUGCCACCAUCAAGAAAAAUAGCUAUUCUCACUGAAACGUCACCAUUGGCUUUGGAGUAAUUUGUGAUAACACAAGCAAGGCCUUGUCAGGAUGCACACUACCCGUAACCCGUCGUCCAUCCAGGCCGGAGGAGCAGGGGAUGCUCUGGACCUGUCUCUGUCAGGCUCCCAGCUCUCUGUGUCCCGCCGGCCCAGCUCUGCCUCUCCAGGGAAAGUCUUCUCCCGCUCUGUGUCUGUCUCUGUAGCCAGCGAGGGCAGGGGCAAACGCAACACACUGGGUGAUGCUGGGUUUGGCAGCUCCCGCUCUAUCAAGAACUUGAGACGGUCCAACAGUACUACACAGGUCAACCAGCAAGCCAACAUCAGCCUAAGUGAGGACCAGACAGAAGACUUCCUGGCGUUGUUUGACAGCAGCUCAGACGGACGCAGGAAGCUGGCAAGCCUCAGUAAGGCCUCCCCGGACCGUACCACCUGGAACAUCCUGGAUGACCAGCCAAGAGCCUUCCCUACACCUCCCAGCUCUCGCUCCACGGGCAGCGUGGACUCCCCCACCACCAGUGGCCCAAAGAGGAGAGAGACAGGGGUAGCCCUGGCUGCCAACUUCACAGCUAACAACAGGAGCAACAAGGGAGCUGUGGGGAACUCUGUCACCACCAUCUUGCAUAACAACUACUCUGACAAACCCCUCACCCCCAAGAGCUCCAACCAGAAACCCUCCUUCAAUAACAUCCUGAAAGCCACAGUGAAUGACGAGGGACCCCUGGAGAGCAGCUCUCUGACCACCAAGUCCCAGAAGAACUUCUCCUCCUCUACGUCUAACAACAAUGCUGCCCAGCGCAGCCCCAGAGGCUCCCCCAGCCUGCCCCGUAGGAGAGAGGUCACCGAGGAGGAGGCCGAGAGGUUCAUCCAGCAGGUGAACCAGGCAGCGGUGACCAUCCAGCGGUGGUAUAGACGCUAUGCCAGAAGACAGUCACAGCACGCCAGCCAGGCUGCCCUCAGACGCAUCCUUACCACCAAGAAGAAGGAACGAGAACAGAGAGCGGAGGAGGGGAAGUCUCCAGAGGUGCAGAAGAAGGAGGAGGACAGGAAAAGGAUUCGUGAGGAGAAGGCUCGUCUUGCCCGCGUCACAGCCAUUCAGGAGCUGCAGCAGAAGAGAGCCCAGAGGGCUGCCGAGGUACAGGCCUUGGCCCAGGAGGAGAUGGAGACCCUGACACACAGUGGCAAGGUGGGCCGUAAGAAACCCCCCAAGACCACCACCUCCUCCUCCAGCAACAAGAGCCCCACAUCCCCCUGCAACAGGAACCCUAUCUCCCCCACUGGCUCUGACGUCAAGGCCCAGAACACAGACUCUAACAAUGUGAACGUUGUGACUGACCUGGAUGAUGUCACCAACCUGAGAGCGCUGUCCCCUGCACUGUCCAAUCGCAGAGAUUCUCAAUGCUCACAGGAGAUUCUGCAGCGGUCAGUGAGUGUGGAGGACCAGCGCCAGGGGGCGCUGUCGAGCAGAGCCCAGUCUAAGACCACCCUGAAUGACCUGCUGGACACUCUGAAGCUCCUAGAGGAAGAACCAGAGAGGCUUUCUGAACCCAAGAGCUACCACAAGGAGAAGUACUCCUGGAUAGACGAGGAUGGAGACUCCAACUCCCUGACCACUGAUAACCUGGAGCGUCAUGGCCAGCUGGUCCAUACCCCUGUGCUGCCAGACGGGGGCGCUCUCCUCUCUGAGGCCAAGCUACAGAGCAUCAUGAGCUUCCUUGAUGAGAUGGAGAAGUCUGAACAGGAGAGACCUCGAUCUGUCACCUCAGGGUCACACAAAGAGAUGUUGUCAGAAGAGGAUCUUGCGGGAAUAGAGCAAGCCUCGGCCACGGCUGCUGAGGUCACUGGCUCCAUGAUGAGACUGAAGUUGGAGCUGGAGGAGAAGAGGCGCACCGUCAACAUGCUGCAGUCCGCUCUGACCCAGCAGAGGGAGUUGACAGUGAGACAUGUGAAGGAGACAGAGAAGGAACUGAGCAGGAACUUCACUCUGCAGAAGGAGCAGUAUGAAGCCACCAUCCAGAGACACCUCACCUUUAUAGACCAGCUAAUAGAUGAUAAGAAGGCUCUGAGUGAGCGUUGUGAGGGAGUGGUGGGAGAGCUCAAACUAGUGGAUCAGAAAUACACCAAGAAGAUCGGCCAGAUGCAGGAGCAGCAUGAACUGGUGUGGCAAAUUCUGGGUCCCUUGUGCGAGGAGAUCAAGAAGCUGAAAGAGUUGAUGAGUGUCACAGAGAAGGUCCGCAGGGAGAAGUGGAUCGACGAGAAGACCAAGAAGAUAAAAGAGAUCACUGUGAAAGGUCUGGAGCCAGAGAUCCAGAAGCUGAUCUGUAAACACAAGCAGGAGCUGAAAAAGCUGCGGGUCCUUCACGAGGCUGAGCUGCUGCAGGCAGACGAGAGGGCAGCCCAACGCUACGUUCGCCAGAGUGAAGAGCUACGACAACAGCUGGAGAGAGACCGGGACGAGCAGUGUCAGAGAGAGAGGGAACUGGCCAAGCAGAGGUUUGAGAAGCAGCUAGCGGAGGAGGAGAUGUCUCUACAGCAGCAGAGGAGGCGGCUCUACAAGGAGGUGUCUGAGGAGAAGGAGAGACUCAACCAGCUGGCUGCCAGGCAGCGUGCUGAGCUAGAGGACCUGAGGAAGCAUCUGGAGGAUAACAGCUCCCUGGCAGGGAGAGCUCUGAGAGAAGAGCUGGAGAAGAGCAGGGAGGAGCAGGAGAGGAGACACCAGGUGGAGAUAAAGGCCCUCAGAGAACGCCUGGAGAUCGAGAAACAGACCUGGGAGGAGAACUACAUGAAGAAGGAGGAAGCAUGGUUGUUGAGUCGAGAGCGCGAGCUGAAGGAGGAAGUGCGUCGGGGGCGGGACAAAGAGAUCGAGCUGGCUAUUCAGAGGCUGGAGGAGGAGACGAGCGGGGCCCGCGACGAAUGUGACCGGGCCGCUGACAAUCGUGUGAAGCGUGUGAGGGAGAAGUACGAGGCUGAGCUGAGAGAGUUGGAGCGCUCUGAGAGGUCCGCCUUGGAGAAACAGCAGGAAAUGAAGAAGAGACAGAGUGAGACGGAGGGAGAGCUGAUCAGACUACAGGGCCAGCUCAGACAGAGAGAGCAGGAGAUCGAGGACAUCACACAGAUCCGUGACAAGCUGUCCGAGGAGCGUCGCAGCCUGGCAGAGGUGAUCAGGCAGGAGUUUGCUGAAAGACUCAUCGUGACGGAGGAUGAGAACAGGAGGAUGAAGAUUGAGACGUCGGAGGUCAGGGCUAGGCUAAGGCUGGAGGUCGAGAGGGUCAUCAGGGAGAAGGAGGAGGAGCUGGCAGAGGUCCAUCAACGGGUGAAGUCAGCCAUCUUGAAAAAGGAAGAGACUGUGGCUAGCCUGAGGAAGCAGCAUGAGGCUGCUCUGAAGAGGGCGGACCACCUGGAGGCCCUAUUGGAACAGCAGAGGAAGCAGCUGCUGGAGAAGUGACUGACAGGAGGGCAGGACUUGAACACCACCAUCUCCACCUUUUCCUCCUUUCUCUUCCCCUCACUCCUUCAUUCAUUCUGUCACUUGGGGCCCCUCUUUUCCCUCUGUUUUUUCUUUGGUCUGGUGGAUAUGAUUCUGAUAGACUAGAAAGAGAGAGCGAGAGAGAAAUGGAGCUUGCCUGACUGUAUCUCCGUAGGCUUCUUGAUAAAGCCCCAGAGAUUAGAGACUGGCCUCUCCCAAGCAGGCCGAAUACGGCCAGGGAAACAGGCUGGAGAGGAUGCCGUCUGCUGUUUUAAGCGCCUCUCAGGCUGGAGGAGCCACAGACCAGGGGUGCUGUGAUCUUUAACUGCCCAGAGGCCCAGUGGACUCCUGGAAGCACUGAACCAUUCUCUCCCUACAGAGUUUAUAGACUAGGGGGGCAGUGAUCGUUUACAGUGCAGAGGCUCAAACAGUAAAGCAGUGGACGGACAGAACCAUUCUGUCCCCAUAUGGGCCAUGGACCGGGAGGGCUGUGUUGACUGAACCAUUCUGACUGAACCAUUCUCUGCAACCACCUCUGGAAUUUAUAUAGAUUGUGAACCCCCCUAAAAUCUGAAGGAGCUGGAGAGCCCCCCCCCCCCACCCCCGUUCCCCACAGAGCAGAGACAAGGCUGCUGCCAUGGAGAAGAGAACAGUUCCAGAUGUUCUAAGCCAGCCCAGGCCUGCUCUGUGACAGUGUGAAGUUUUCCGAGCAGGCAGAGAGAGGUGGAGGGGGGCUAUGUGGUCGUUCUGAGGAGGAGGGAAGGGAAUCAGCACCCCAAACCACCCUCUUCCCUGCUGAGGUCCUGCAGUCAGUCGUUCCGACACGUCUGUAGAGAGUGCUGCUGAAUGAAGCUGGGGCUCGAGGUUGCUCGGCGGUGCCCUUUGUGUGUGAGUUACAGAUGUCUUUUGUCCUGGUGCCCCUCUGGGCUAGUGCUAAUUAUAGGAUCUGCUGCCUUGGCUUGGUGCGGCCCCCCCACCCCUCUCCUACACACACACACACACACACACACACACACACACACAAACACGGUCA